CGCCAUGCCCGGUGUCCCAGGGAUCUUCCUAGAAGAGCAAGCCCAAGGAUGGAAGAAGGUUGUUGACGCAGUCCAUGCCAAAGGUGCCUACAUCUAUGCGCAGCUCUGGCACUCUGGACGCGCCAACAUCCCGCAGCUUACCGGAACGCCCAUCGUGGCCCCGUCGAGCAUCCCCUGGGAUGAUCCCAACGAAUGCUUCAUGUAUCCCGCACCCCACUCGACGACGCCUGUCAGGUAUAGCGAACAGCUACCCCUCGAGCUGACGGUCGAGCACAUCCAUAAAACCAUCCGUGAUUACUGCUCGGCCGCAAAGACGGCCAUGGAGCUUGGGUUUGAUGGUGUAGAGCUUCACGGAGGUAAUGGUUAUCUACCAGAGCAGUUCCUAAGCUCCAACAUCAACAAGAGAACAGACGAAUACGGCGGCUCGCCGGAGAAGCGCUGCAAGUUCGUCUUUGAUCUGAUGGCCGAGCUGGCCAAGACGGUGGGAGAAGACAACCUGGCCAUCCGCCUGACUCCGUUUGGUCUCUUCAACCAGGCUCGCAGUGAACAGCGUCUGGAGACUUGGGGCCAUCUGUGCCGCGAGCUGAAGAAGCGUCACCCCAAUUUGUCGUACGUGAGCUUCAUCGAACCACGAUACGAACAAAUCUUUUCCGAGGCGGAGAAGCAACAGUUCCUUGACUCCUGGGGGCUUCCCGACGUCGAACUCACCAUGUUCCGCAAGAUCUGGGGAGACACGCCUUUUUUCUCUGCCGGCGGCUUCGACCAAUACAAUUCGUGGGGGGUCUUGGAAAGCGGCAGAUACGAUGCCCUGCUGUACGGCAGAUUCUUCAUCAGCAAUCCGGAUCUGGUGGAGAGACUGCGCAAUGGCUGGCCUCUUGCCCCGUACGAUAGGUCUCGCUUCUACGGUCCGUUUGAAGACCCGACCAUCGGCUUUACCGACUACCCGGCGUAUGAUGAGAAGCUUUGAUUGCACGUAAUGUUUAGACGUUGCAUGGAGCUGUUGGUAAUUGUAAAUUGAGCACAUGACACAUGUUUGAUGGUGUAGUAAUGGAUGUAUACCAUGGAGAUGAUGGUUUGCCUGGGGUUAGCUGUUAGCGUUGUCUAUGAGCAAUUUCAAGUCGCAA